CAUUGCGUAUGAACCGACAGACUCGGACUACACACGCGAGGCGGGGCCGCCCCGGGUCGUCAUACAAAGCGCAGAGAGCCAGAACCGCCCCGGCGUCGACACGCAUCCAGCAGUCGCCCGUUGCGGCCACCAGAGAGCGUCUCCUACUGCAUGUGUACAUAGUUACCGUUCCUCGCGAAGCCGUCCAUAGCGCGCUGAUUGCAGGAGCCCAGGGACCCCGCGCAGGCACCAGAACAGAGCAGAGCAGAGCAGCACAGUCGCUUGAGUUGCAGCGAGACAGGCCCGUGGUGGCGCUCCCAGUCAGUCUGCGUCUUCCCCGCGAUCCCAGCUUACUCCGCACUGGCAGCCAUCAUGCGGCACCGAAGGUUCGAGCGAGGCGUCCAGCGUAAGUUCAUAGCCGCCCAUAGGGAGCGCAGUCGUGGUGAGGUCCACAUCCGUGUGCGCGGAGAACGCGGCGCGCUGGACACUGCUGGAGUGCGGCGUCCUCCUGAGUACAACGCGUACGGGUCCAUGCACGCACGCAGCCAAAGCCAGAGCACCCGAGCCAGACUCAGAGCCAGUCAGAGCGAGAGCGAGCGCACGGUGUCUCCCAACGCCAGAAGGACGGCUGAGCGCGCGCCGGCACGCGGCCCGCCCGCCCGAGCCAAUCACGCAUCAGCGCUUUCGGUCUGGAUCCCUCUCCCAACCUCUCCCCAGACCCAGCCCGCGCCAGCGCCAACCCGAGUCUCGAAGCCCAACGCAGACACUGGCAGGCGUCAGCGAAGCGAAGGCGAUAGACUCUGCGCAGAGCGUAUCUCCCGCCGAGAUAGCGGGAGAUCUAGAGUGGCUUCUGAGUCGAGCAGGGGGGUGUGGGUGGAUUCCCCCGAGGCGAGCUUCCGAGGCGACGGCGAUGUCGAUGCUGGUAAUGCGGACUUGGACUCGUCUGUGCCGUGUGCGAGUUCGUCUCGUCUUCUCCUCCGGCGCGGGACGGCCGAGGUUCCUUCUGGCUGCGGGCAGUGCGGACUUGGGGCACUGGGCAGGGCGCUGGGGAUGCUCGGCGGUCGGUGGUAGGGGUGACGUGGCGGGUCGUCGUGGGGGGAGAGGAGGCGUCGAGGGAGCGUCUCGACCGUCGCGAGGGGCAGAGCGAAGAGCCGGCGCCCCCUCGCGGAGCCUAAGGCCGCAGCGAGUUAGGGGCGGGCGAUCGAGAUCAUCAGUGCGCGAGGGCGGGGGCGCGGGGCGUCAUGCGCGGUACGUGAUGGGUCGUUAAUUGCGCGAUCGGGCGUCGGGCGUCGUGGGGCGCGUAAUUGGGCUGGGGAGGUGGGGCGGGGCGUCGAGCGGAUGCGGGCGAACGAGAGGGGCGGG